AUGCCGGUGGCCGAGGGCGCGGGCGCAGAGCCGUCCCGGGCCGCCCGGCUGCUGUCCGCGCUCUUCUAUGGGGCCUGCUCCUUCUUCAUCGUGCUGGUCAACAAGGUGCUGCUCACCACCUAUGGCUUUCCAUCACCAAUUUUUCUUGGAGUUGGACAGAUGGCAGUCACCAUAACGAUACUGUAUGUGUCCAAGCUAAAUAAAAUAAUUCACUUCCCUGAUUUUGAUAAGAAAAUUCCUGUGAAGCUGUUUCCUCUGCCUCUUCUGUACGUCGGGAACCACAUAAGUGGAUUAUCGAGCACGAGUAAAUUAAGCCUCCCCAUGUUCACUGUGCUCAGGAAAUUCACCAUCCCACUCACUUUGCUGCUGGAAGCCAUCAUACUUGGGAAGCAGUACUCACUCAGUGUCAUCACCAGCGUCUUCGCCAUCAUUGUGGGAGCUUUCGUAGCAGCUGGGUCUGACCUUGCUUUUAACUGGGAAGGCUACAUUUUUGUGUUUUUGAAUGACAUCUUCACAGCGGCCAACAGCGUUUACACUAAGCAGAAGAUGGACCCGAAGGAGCUGGGGAAAUACGGGGUGCUUUUCUACAAUGCUUGCUUCAUGAUCAUCCCGACUCUUGUCAUAAGCGUGUCCACGGGAGACCUUCAGCAGGCCACUGAGUUCGGUCAAUGGAAGGACGUCCUGUUUCUCCUACAGUUCCUUCUGUCCUGUUUUUUGGGAUUCCUGCUGAUGUCCUCAACAGCUCUGUGUAGCUACUACAACUCCGCCCUGACGACGGCGGUGGUGGGUGCCAUCAAGAAUGUGUCGGUCGCCUACAUAGGGAUGCUGGUUGGUGAGGACUAUGUUUUCUCCCCCCUGAACUUUGUAGGAUUAAAUAUUUGCAUGGCAGGAGGCUUGAGGUAUUCCUUUUUAACACUCAGCAGUCCGGCAAAGCCUAAACCACCGGCGGAUGAAGAAAAUGUCCCUCUGGAUUUGAAGAGCUAGAAUAGGAGGCGGAAUUGCAGACUGACUUGCAGACAGACUGACCUGCAGAUUGACUUGCAGACUGACUUGCAGACCGACCUGCAGACUGACCUGCAGACUGGGGGAUGGGAGGGCAGUCACAUGAAGGAAGCCACCAGCCACGUCACUCAAGGCACAAACAGGAGUGUCUGCAGAAUGCUAAGAGAACUACCUCAGGGGCCACCUGCAGCAAGUCCUCAGGACCCGAGCAGCUGCCAGCGACGUGUGCAAAGCCAGCCUUUGGGACUGGGCCUCUGCACCGCUGCUGCAAGGGUGACUUUUCUUCUCAGCACCUUGACCUUGACUUCAGAGGUCAAAGUCAAGUGCCAGCGAGAACUUUAUUUUUCCAACUUAAACAAACAUCUCUUUAAUAAAUUCAG